AUGGCUACAGCUAAUCCAAAGACACUCGAGAAAGUUACAGACUGGUUUCUAGAUGACCUGCCCAGCACUGAACCACCGGCUACCGGAUCUUGGGACUGCCCCCCUAACUACCAUCAAGACCGUUAUGCACCGUUUCUCAAACAUAUUGCAGACGUGACCGGAACCAAAGUUACCUACGACGCACUCGGUCAUAAGGUUGACGUCUUGGGCAAGGACGCAACUGUUGUUGAGCAGACGAUUGAGCGCCUUACGUAUCUGCACUCUGCGCUGUCUCUCUUGACGCCCAUGCCGACAAGUCACCAGCACCACAUGUUUCUACCAGCCCACGGCUAUGACAAGCUCCAAAUCACGCCUUUCAGGCAUCACUCAGCCGCAACUACUGUGAAGACUCUUGCUUCCCCCGAUGAGUGGAAGUCCUUGGCUUCUAUGGGCGUCCUUGUGCCAUUCCGGCAAGUGAUCAGGCAGGAGAAGUCCAAGGUCACCACAGCCACGUCACGCCCCGCUGUCCCAUCUCGCUUUCUGUCAAAUCACACCUUUAGGAUGUUCGGGAACUACGAUAUGUACAACAAGACAGUCUCGUCCAGCGAAGGCUCUAGUCUGUCGAGUGCUGCCGAUAAACCAGUGUCCAACCCUGAUCCACCAGAACAUGUUCUAACCUUGAGGCCGAAAGAAUACUAUUCUAUACUGGCUUCCGAGAACACUGAUCGGGUCACACAAUGGGUAGACCAGAACAAAAAGUCUGAUUCCACCACACCUCCUGUCGACCCUCAACAGUCCGUUCCGCCCGAGGAGUACCCUCCCGAGCAGAAGCCUGUGCGAGGAGUGUUGAAGCGUCGGGUCAGGGAGACGUCCAAGUCGAGCCCUGUGAAGAGUGCGAAGGCAAAAGCUACACAAGAGCAGGCCUCAGCUGAUCCCCAGCCCAUAUCUUCCUUGAUCCCUUGGAAACCGAAACCUGUGCCAACAUUUCAUCACACAAUGGCUCAGAAGGUGUCUCCUGGUACUAACUCACCAUUGAAGCAAACCACGCUGGACAAGUACUGGACAUCUGCUGUCGGUGCAUUCGAAAAGGAAAAGUCAAAAAGAAGCAAACCCGAAUCACGAGAGUCUCCCCCAAGCUCUACAUCCCGUCCCACUACUACAACCGAGAACGUAGCCGAGUCGUUCAUUCCAACUCAAAAAUAUGCAAACGAGACACCAAAGCUUACAACAAAGCCAAUUCUCCAUGCAGAUUCUCAUGACGUCCUCGAAAUAUUCAAUGCCUUACAGCCAACUCUAGAAGCGGCUAGGUCGUUUCCGGGGUCUUUGCAACUCGAAGCUCACAUCGAGCUGAUCACCAUGGCACCGUAUUCGCCUGAUCAAUGUUUUGACGAUAGAGUUGUGACAGUGGAAGAUUGGAAGGAGAACUUUCAGCCCAAGAAAGGCACUUCUUUGGCUCCGUACUGGGCGUGGAACAAGGUGACUGGAUCGGGGGCAGACGUCGAUGCUAUGAUAGAUAUUAUUUGGAGCAAGAAGAGUCCACAGCGAAUAUUUCACGAGACGCCUGUUGAUCGUGAUGUUGUUUUUGAAUAUCAUUGUCGCAUAGGAGAUGGUUCUGGCUUUGUGAUCUCGCUAGACGAAGCCGGUUGUCCAAGCUUUCACCAAACGCCAUCUGUGUUAGGAUGCUCCACGAUCCAUUUUCCUCACCGGAUGUGGGACAUGAAUAUUACUCUGAAAGGAGAAAUGAAUCUGCACUGUUACAAAGAUCCGGAGUUGAAGAAGGCAAUUGACGACUUUGUCAUGACCAUCUACUUCGAACCAGGCAAUGAUGACAUUAUUAUCUUCUGCAGCGAGCCAAGAAACAAGGUCUUUAUUGUUGACAAGAUCCUGAUGAAGAGCACGGUUCGGCAUCUACACAUACCCCUGAAUGAGGAAGCGUCGUCCAAGUUGAUUUUCAAGACCGUAGAGAUUCGGCAAUUCAUGACCGGCCGUAAACCAAACCAUCCCAGGCUGAUUCGCGGUCGCAUACCGGUUGAUAAACGGCAAGAGUGUAUUUCAGCUAGACUUCUGUGGUACGAAGUGUCGGUUGUGAGUGACGCGAUCCAGAAGCUCCUAAAUACCAACCAAGAAUUAGAACUUGGGCAGCAGACGGAGAAGUGGAGUGCCGUUGAACUUCUUGGAGAUGAAAUCAGGCUAAAGGAUGUUCCGUUUGAGUCAAGUCAAGUCGCUCAGUCUAUCGAUGAUUCUGGAUUUGGCAGCAUGUACAGAUUGGGAAAGGUGAUUUUGGACCGUAUGAGGAUCGGCGAACCUCAAUUAAGUUGA